AUCAAGAUUUGUGUUACCAAGACAAGCCAGAGAAGACGAAAGUCGAGAAGCAUAAAUCUCUCUUCUUUGCUCCUGGAGUCUGUCCAUGGCGAUGUCGGGAACUUUCCAUUUGACUUCUGACUAUGUACCUGGUUACACACUUUCAGACAGCCGUUCCUUCUCUACCUCUGCUGUUUCAAGAAGAACACUUUCCAUCUUACCUUGCUCUUCCUGUCUGGAUCACAAGAAUGGGCGUCUGAAAUCUGUCUCCAAUAAGAAUGCUUUUCUAUGCCGAGCUAGUUCUGGCGGCUAUAGGAGAAAUCCUGAUUUCUCUAGACUUAAUAAGCAUGGUUUCCGGGGAAACAACAGGCAGAGCGAAGGGAGAGACGAUCUCGAUAUCGAAAACUCUGAUAUGUUGUCUUCAAGAAAUGGGCCUUUAUUCUCUCUAUCUAGCUCCCCCAAAUUCCAAGCUAUCUCAUCCCCUGGACCUAGAGAGAAAGAGAUAGUCGAGCUUUUCAGAAAGGUUCAAGCUCAGCUCCGAGCUCGUGCUGCAUCAAAGAAAGAAGAAAAAAAGAUUGAAGAAGCUUCUAAAGGGCAGGGAAAAGAAAGUGAAACUGUUGACUCCCUUCUUAAGUUACUAAGGAAACACUCGGGAGAGCAAAGCAAGAAGCAAGUUAGCAAAUUUAGCAGCCAGGGAGAAGUACAAGAAGAUACUGUCGACAAACAAAAUCGCAAUGGAAAUCUUGUCAAUUCAGGGAACAAAGAUAAUAAUGCAUCAUCCUUUACCAGACCAACAUCAAGCUUCAGAAGAAAGUCGCCAGUACCAAGAUCUAAAUCACCGCCAGCUUAUUCUAGUGAGGCAACUUUUGAUCAAUCAUCGAGUUACAGCGUAACCUGGACCCAGAAGAAGGAUACAGUAGAGUUGCAGGAUGAACCUGAACAUGAGCCUGAGAUUGAGCAUGAGCCUGAGUACGAGCACGAACCUGAAAAUGAGUCAGAACCUGGGCCUCUGACAACUAUGCUUAAAAAAGAGUCAGAGCUGAAGCCAGAUUCAUCAUCAUUGUUUCAAGAGGAGGAGGAUGAUGAAGUGACUUUAGAUGAUGAUGGUAUUUUAGAUGUGUUUUCAGAUGAUGAUGAGUCUCACGAUGAUGCUGAUGAAGAUAGUGAUGAAGCUGAGGAAGAAGCCGUGAAAGACUUGAGUAAACUGAAGCUGAUGGAACUGAGAGGCCUAGCAAAGUCACGAGGACUAAAAGGGUUUUCAAAGAUGAAGAAAGCCGAACUAGUGGAGUUACUUAGUAGUAAUUCCAGCUAAUUGGACAGUGAAAGAGACCCAAACACAGCUGAAUUUUGCUCUGUAUGCACCAGUUGAAUGAGUUACUCUCUCUGUUUUCUGUUUGUUUGAAAAAUACUGGCUGGCUGUGAGGUUUUUUAUUUGAAGGUAUUAUUAUUACACUGAUGUACCUUGUCAACUACUGUUUGCAGACAUUAUUUGGUGUUCAAUCAUGGAUUUUCAAAAGUCUAUUACAAAGAGGUUGAUA